AUGCAGGCAUGCUGCAUACACGCUCACAGCAAGACCUUCGUUCACCAGGUGGCCACGAAGGUUUACCUAGCUCCUGACACGCCGAUCUCACAGUGCUUGCCUUACAGCAUCAAGCAUCAGCACCUCUUCUCCGGCAACGUUCCUCAGCCGGCAGAUUGGCUGCGAGCGUGGCGGGCGUGCCGGACAGCAUCUUCUUUCAAAGGUGCCGUGAAAUUCUAUUCCACGGAAGACUUCGCUGCUGGCAGGAACACGAAGCUUGACAGUGUGAGUCUCAAGAACAUGAUUCUUGUUAUGCACUGGGCUGUCAAGAGUGUUCGCAAGCAGCGUCUCGAACAAGCCACCAGCAUCAGCUUGUCCGUGGACGACCGCAAGGAGUAUCGUUUGGUGAGGUACCGUUGCGAUGUUCCACCGCGCACUGCCAAGCAGUCAGCGGCUCCAGGCUCCCAAGGUCCCCAAGGCUCCCAAGGCUCCCAAGGCUCGGAGGAUGGCCCGCUUGUCGCCGAUGGCUUGCUUGGGGUCUACAAGACAGGUGCCAGUGUUCCUGAAAACACAUUGGAGGAGCACGAUGCGGACAAGAGUCAGGUGAUGGCAGACAGCAUAGGCAUAGUCAGUGACAGGGCCUGUCAGGAUCCGGAAGGCAAAACUGACGAGGAGUCCUGCAGCCGCUUGAAGCUGCACGUGCGGCACUUUGCAGCCGAUCAGUGCACAUCUGCCCGGAAGUGUGGAAGGUUGUUGGUCACUGGCGGCCAGUAUCCUAACCUGGUCUGGGUAAGCCAUGAUCCUGCGCACCAGGUUCGUAUUGCCUACCAGGACCCUCUUCACGCCAUGCCCGAGUUCCAAGACCAGUGGGAGCGUUUGUUUGCUCCCGGCAAGGGCAAGCAUGCGCUUAUCCCGGACAUCCAGAACUCAGAAGUCUGGAAGGCCAGGCUCAUGGCGGCCCAGCAAGAGGUUCUCAGGCUCCAUGGCUCCCAGGCUGGUGUGGAGAAGGUGAUCCGAGCGUUGUCGUUCUCCCAACCUCGGUUUGACUCGUCGGCCACACCAAUGCUGAAGUACUUGUGCAUGAUUCGUGCGAUGGCGGUCUUAUGUGCUAUGCAGGCUGCUGACGAGAGAAACACGGUCGAGAUUCGCUCCCGAGCAGAGCGCGCCUUGCAAAACAUGAAUGCAGCAGCCCUCAUGCGCUGUGGACUCACUUGCGACUACACAUCUGAGUGCCUGGGUUUCUUGCGCAGGAACUUUGACAUUGAGGAUCCAGAUGUAUCCUGCACCCCCAGAGUACUGGAAGAGUUCACCAAGCGCCAGCGGUUCUUAUUUGUGGAUGGAUACAUCCUCUCCGACAGCUCGCAGGUUCCCAGUUCCGUGGACGGCUCCGAGGCUCCAGGCUCCCAGGCUCCCAGGAGGUGUGCAACCCAGUUAGUUUACGAGGAGAUCCAGACACCAGAGCCGAUCUUCUAUGGCAACAGAGUCCACUACCUGUGCACGAAGGCCGGCAUUUCUGAUGUAAGGCAGAUCAUGGGAACUAUGGCGCACGUGGUCGAGGCGAUGCUGGAGCGUUUGCGAGUAGAUCUGACGGAGGAUGAGAUCGCCGUGGCUCUGCAGGUAUUCAACCUUCGGCUGUGGCAGGAGACGAACCGACAACAGGAGCUAGUGGACUCUACACGCAAGCUCUGUGAUAUGCUCAAGCUUUCGCACGUUAGCGACAUGUCGAAGACCGACCGCGAAGUGUCGGCGGAGAAUGGCAAGCCGGCAAAGUUCCGGGCAAUUGCCUCGGAACGGAUGUGGAAUGGGGAUACUGCUAUGAAGAUCGUGGAAGUGCUGCGGCCGGAAAUCGAGAAGCGGUUGGAUGCACUCCGAGAAAACGAUGACCAUCCGCUGCUGACUGUGUUCGAGGUGAAACUUGCGGAAUGCGACCUGGUUGACCCGUGCAAUUACGAAAUCAUGAAACGCUACGUCGUUUACCUGAUGAAGGGCAUUACGCUUCCUCACCCGGACUUGAUAUCGUGUAAAGAGCACAGGGCUGCAUGCCUUUAUGCUGCCUGUGCUUACGGAAUGUGGACCGCUGAGAUCGCGGUGCUGAAAACCAUGUACUUCCGUGUGAACGGACAAUGUGUUCCGGCUUCAGGCGAUGUCGGAAGCGAAACGGCCGGGGCAGAUCCAGAGGGCGAGGACGACGAAGUCCUCGAAAUUGACAGUGCAGUGGGUGACGACGAAGCCGACGAUAUCGAUGCCAUCGUGGCAAUGGAGGUUGAUGCCAGUACAUCGGUGCCAGCUGGUGCCACCGAAGCUGGAGCAGCUAUGGAGGUUCCUACGACAUCGGUGGCAGCUGGUGCCACCGAAGCUGGAUCAGCGGAGGUUCCUGCCACAUUGGUGGCAGCUGGUGCCCCCGAAGCUUUGGAUGAAGAGGUCAUUCAGCUGAUCGAGGAGUCGCCGAUCGCUCCCCUUCAUGCUCAAGCAGCCGCGACGACAGAUGAUGUGACGAUGCCCUCAGCUCAUGAUGAUGUCGAGGACCGGAAGCCACUUCUGCCGAAGGGCAACUUGCCCUUCCAUUUCGAGGUUGCUAUGAGCCUGGAUGUUUCAACGGGAGAGAUUCGGGGAGAGCAAGCUGCUUUGAGACAACAAAUUCGUGAGGACAUGGAGCAAGCGCAGAAAAAGCUGGCGGCCAAGAAGCGACCCGCAGAGGUUGAGCUCGAUGGCACGGCCAAGCGAGCCCGGGAUCAGGAGCCGGAGUCGGGCGAUGUGGCUGCCGAUGCAACAGGUGUGCCCGAAUCCGAAUCGGGCAAUGUGGCUACCGAUGCAGCAGGUGUGCCCGAAUCCGAAUUGGGCGAUGUGCACGUGGCUACCGAUGCAGCAGGUGUGCCCGAAUCGGGCGGUGUGCAAAAGGCUACCGAUGCAGCAGGUGUGCCCGAAUCCGAGUCGGGCGGUGUGGCUACCGAGGCAGCAGGUGUUGCCGAUAUGAAAGCGGCUGACAAUGGUGCUGUGAUCGGACCGGACGGUGUGGCUGCUGUCGAGCCCGAAGAAGAUGAAAAGAUGCCCGAGGAGCCCUCAGCCUCCAAAGCGAAAGCGAAAACUGGUAAGCCCUUGAACCGUGCAAAGGGGCAGACCAAGGAGCCCUCACCCGCCAAGGCAACACCAGAAGCUGCUAAGGAAGCCAAACGGGCAAAGGAGCAGACCAAAGCCAAUGACAAUUUGGCAUGGCUUAAUGUGCAACCCGGCGUGAUCGACUGCUGCCUCCCAUCCGGACAACAGGUUGACCCCUCUCAGCUCGAGACCCUGUUUCUUGCCUGCAUGUUGAUUGGACAAUAG